AUGACAUCAGGUAAAAAGAGAUAUGAUCCACCUCGACAUCAAUGGACGGAAAAACAAACAUAUCAUCUACUCGAAACCAUCUCAUCCAGCCAGACGUACCUCGAUACUUUCUUCCCUCCGCAACUCUUCAAAUCAACUUCGACAAAAUAUGAAUUGGAGAAAGAACUUUGUCUUUUGAUUUUGGAUGAUACGAAAUGGAUGGAAUGGAUGAUCCAACAUAGUAAGAUACGGAGGAAUGGAGAUAGGUUGGAAGUGUUGGAAGGGUGGGAGAAAAUGGGGAAUCCAGUUAGGAGUAGAUUGGAUCUGAUACAUAAAGAUGCGAGAGAUGCUAGAAGGUUACUAGGUAAAGCUACUUCACCUGAUGAUUUGGAACACAACAGUCAAGAAAGACUCAUAUGGAACGAUUAUAGGAAUUCGGGUAGAUAUACUUGGUAUUUCCUCUAUGUCCAAGCUCAGCUGGUACAUAAUCCAAAUUGGAUUAACAGUCCACAAACAACCGGUGACUCGAGAAGCGGUAGUUCAAGUACACCAGACCCUGGGCUCGCUUCCUCUGCGACUCCGUUGAGAAGUAUUAGCACAAAUCACCCCAGGGACACCGAAGCUAGAAGAUCUACGAGAGGUAAUUGCCCCGAUGAACGGCCUAUCUCCUCGAAUCAACGUACCACAUCUUCUUUACCCAGACCUUCCCUUUCCAAUGUCUCUCCUUCGACACCAGUACGACCCUUAAUUUCCAGCUUCCCGAGAUCAGCUAACACAACGACAAAACGUACACUCCCACCGCAUUCCACCACUUUUACAACACCUUCAUCAUCCUCAUCCCCUCGACUUGCACCUUUAUCCCUGGACAGCCGACUGUCUAAAAGACCCCGAGUAUCUCCCCCUGCGCAACGAAUCUCCUUGAGGACUACGCCUUUGAUACGGCGAGUAGGUAAUCUAGCACCAGAUGUCAUAUCCAUAUCAUCAGAUUCAGACUCUGACUCCAACGAUGAUCCGAACGGAUCGUUCUCUAAUAACGAAGAUGAAGACAACGAUGAUAGUACUGAUCUAGUCGAGAUUCAGGUGACCACAAUGAUCCGACCUGAUCCAUCAUCUAAUAUCCCUUUCAUACCCUUUUCCACUAAUCGUGAUAACCCUCAUACACGAUCUCGCACGAUACUUGAUCAAGCGCAGAAUUUGGAAGCUAUAAGAAAUCUGUCAAGACCUAUAAUGACACCUAGAAAUCAUGAUGAUUCGGAUGAUGAUAGUGAUUCUGAUAGGGAAGAGCAAGAUGAAACGACGGAAGUAUCUUCAAGACCACCUACACCACCUUUCCCUCCUCCUCUUUCUUCUACUACAUCCGCAAUGAUGACCCAUAUAGAGGAACUUCAAGGUGAGAAUACAUUGUCAGGAGCGAUAUCUGAACAUUUCAUGGAAGAUAUGUUUCAUGAUCCAACGAUAAGAUCAUAUAGGUUAGAUGCCUUACAUCGCAAUCUCGGUAAAUCACCGCCCCCCGUUCAGCUUGCUGUACAAUCGAUUGUCACUGUCUCUGCUGGGCCUGUGGAAGACGAUGAGGUAUUGCGAUUGCACGCUGUCGAACAUCAGGAUGAAGAAGAGGAGUUUAGAUAUGGUCUGGUGUUUUCACCGUUGAUCAUUACCGAUGGGACUUUGCCUGAUUUCCCUAUCGAUUUGGGUUCGCCGAAACAUGGGGAAAGGGAUAAACCAAUUGAGAUUUCAGAUACAGAAGAUGACGAAGAGCAAGAUCAAGUGGUGAUCGUACAGCAAAGUGACAUCUCUCGAAGUUCGAUAAGUAUACUGGAAAUUGAUACCAGGCCAUCUGUCAAUCACCACCCUGGAGGAGGAGAAGUAGAAGAGCUGGUUGAUGAACAUGAAGAUACGGAUAUGGAUAUGGACAUGGGCAUGGAUGUACAGAACGAUGCGGAUCUAGAUGAUCUUAAUUCCGAACUUGGUGUUGGUGCGAGGGAUGAAUUGGAAGACAUGGAUCUGUGCUCUGAUAUGGGUCAAGAUGACAUCGAGCAGAGAGUGGAUGACAGUUGGGAGAUGGUGGACGACCCUGGAUCUUGCAAUUCGCCACAACAUCGCCCUCCAUCUUUGACGAUUGCAAGUUCAUCAACUCAGCCUAUGGAUCCACUUAACAAGAGUUCUCCAAGCUCACGCUCACUUGCGCACACCCAACCUGGCUCUACUCAAGACACACCUCGUACGCUUGAUGCUUUCCGACCGAUGAUACGUAUACUGCUGCUCGAAUUGAAACAUACCAAAUCACGUGCUUUGGUGGAUAUCGAAGUAGACUUCCGUUGUAUGCGAUCGCCGUCGAUCAAAUCGCUCGAAGAUAUCGUUGAGUUGAUGGGUGGGAAGGUCUUCGAUGCCAAUAGGAAGCAGGGAGAAAGGAAAAUGAGAUAUUUGGUCGUAGAUCAUGGAGUACUAGAAGAAGAUGUACAUGUAUCGAAAGGAAGAACUGUGACGGUCGGGGAGUUGUUAGGGGUGAUUGCUGAUUUGAGGGAAAGGGAAUUGAAUGGAGUGUGA